AAGGAAAGAAAACUUUAAAAAGCCGUGCAGUACUAAAAGUGCAGGACUUUGAGUCAUGUAUUUAUAGAUACAUUCCACCACCGAUGAAUUGCAUUAUGGGUAAUGUAGUGCGCCAGCUUUUGCAGAAAAAAUCUGCAAUCUCUGGUUCUGCUGCAUCAAAUGUGAUACUUUGUUAAAGUUAAACUUUGAUCUACUUUUACAGUAUUUAUACUUUUACUUGAGUAAGCUAUAACUGUUGCAGGACUUCUUCAGUCCUCGUUUCCAGCUGCUGCUGCUGCUGCUGCUGCUGCUGGUGAUGAUGUCAGACAGCGGCUGGGUCAUGUGAAGGUCAGCAGCAGCAGCGGCAGCAGAGGAGGAGGAAGAGGAAGAGGAGGAGGUUCACUGGGAGUUCACUCGCAUACAUUAGGUAACACCAUCGCUCGCGCUGACAUAACUAGUAUGAAGCAGGUUGAGUUGAGACAUUCGUCAAUAAAGAAGAGAGAUAAGAGGAGGAAGAGAAGAAGUCCUGGCUGCAUGGGACUAUAACUUUGUUAUGCAAAACAGCCUCCUGAUCUGGAUGUGUUUCACCGUCUCUUGCUGCAACAUGCAAACACUUUGUGAGCGUCUGUGGGAGAUCUAGCUGGGUCUGUUGUUGCAGAGCUCACACGCCCCUUUGAAUGCAACACUGGGAAGGCAUGCUUUGCUGUUGAAAAACACCAGUUUGCAUUAAAACUGAAAACGGCUGAGAGAAAGCUGUGCACUUCUUGCUGUGGAGGAUUUUUGCACAUGCUGGAUACAACAUCUCCAUCGCUGAGAUCAUGUUUGACUAUCUGGAAUUUCAAGCUUUCGGUCCUGGAGAGAUCAUGAUGGACUUGUACACUUCUUCAACAUCCAACCCUGCUGCAUGCACGCUGCAGGAGCAGGACCAGGACCAGGAGCAGGAGCAGGAGCAGGACCUGGCAGCCUUCUUCCCAGAGCUGAUCGAGGCGGACUGGCAGCAGCAGCACCGGUGCUCACAAUCCGUUGGAAGCCAGAGCUCCAGCUCCAGCUCAGACGACUUGUUCGCCGGCCCAGCCUCCCCCCUGCCACCUCCUCGCACUUACAAGCCCUGUUUUGUGUGUCAAGACAAGUCGUCAGGAUACCACUAUGGCGUCAGCGCCUGCGAGGGCUGCAAGGGCUUCUUCCGCCGCAGCGUGCAGAAAAACAUGGUGUACACCUGCCACCGAGACAGAAACUGCAUCAUCAACAAGAUAACCAGGAACCGCUGUCAGUACUGUCGGCUCCAGAGGUGCUUCGCAGCGGGAAUGUCCAAGGAGUUGAGAAAUGACCGGAACAGCAGGAAGGGGAAGAAGGAGGCGGUGAAGAUGACCAUCAUGGAGACGUACGAGCUGACGGCGGAGCUCGGCCUGAUAGUGGAGAAGAUCUGCAGAGCUCACAGAGAGACCUUCCCCGCUCUUUGCCAGCUGGGAAAAUACACCACAAACUCCAGCUCAGACCACAGGAUCCAGCUGGAUCUCGGGCUGUGGGACAAAUUCAGCGAGCUCGCCACCAAGUGCAUCAUCAAGGUGGUGGAGUUCGCCAAGCGAGUGCCGGGUUUCACCGGCCUGACCAUCGCUGACCAGAUUACUCUGCUCAAAACCGCCUGCCUGGACAUCCUGAUCCUGAGGAUUUGCACUCGCUACACUCCUGACCAGGACACCAUGACCUUCUCCGACGGGCUGACCCUGACCCGCACUCAAAUCCACAACGCCGGCUUCGGACCGCUGACGGAUCAGGUCUUCACAUUUGCCGGCCAGCUGCUGCCGCUGCAGAUGGACGACACGGAGAGCGGCCUCCUCAGCGCCAUCUGUCUCGUCUCUGGAGACCGACAGGACCUAGAGGAGCCGUCUAAAGUGGAGGUGCUGCAGGAGCCGCUGCUGGAGGCGCUGAAGAUCUACUCCCGCAAGCGGCGGCCCAGCAUGCCCCUCAUGUUCCCCAAAGCCCUCAUGAAAAUCACUGACCUGCGCAGCAUCAGUGCCAAAGGAGCUGAGAGGGUGGUGACUCUGAAGAUGGAGAUCCCGGGCUCCAUGCCCCCUCUGAUCGAGGAGAUGCUGGAGGAUCUGCAGAACCUGGAGAAACACUCCGAGGAGGCAAACACCAGCCAGGACACACACACAACACCGACUCCUCACAGCACAUGAACUUCUCUGACUUCUUACUCUGAAGUCGCUCAAAGAACGUUGGGCUCCCGUCUUCCCUCCCAGAGAAAACGCUAACAAUACAAACUACAGAUGCAGUGCAGAGGGUUACUAGUGUCUUACCUCAGUUGUCAAAGACGCCGCUGUGUUUGAGAAGAGAUUCAGUUGUUACACUAACGACUACGCCGAUGAACGAAGAGCUAACUUCUGCUUCAAAGCGCAAAAAAGAAAAUGAUGCAGUAAUGUUUUGAUUUGUAUCACAUUUCAUUUUUAACCCCUCCUGGCAGACACCUCAUAACCACUGGGAAUCACACAGGUUUCUACUGUAUUUAUAUUUGCAUGGAUUAAUUUUUACCUCUUUAAAUAACAAUGACUUUAGCAUUAGCGUAGCAAAGUUAGUAAACAUAUGGAUAAUUUAUUGAUUUCCAUAUGUGUAAAAAGAAAGCUCUGGACUAACUGUUUGAACAUAUUUGGAGAAAAAAAAAUGAUUUAUCUGCACAAAAGGGAAAUAUAAAAGCUCAUACUCAUAAAGGUGAAUGUUCAUAACUGGCAUUAACAGAGUUCACAAACAUAUGUAACUAAGUUUAUACGGGAAAAUAGGAAAGAAAACUGCGUACAUGCCAUGGACACUACUUUUUUUGUUCCACCGUGGCAUGUUUUUUGAGAACACUAUAAAAAUAAUGCACUCAUCUCACAACUCAGAGUUCAGACACAAAUAAAAUGAAAUGGUGGAGGGUAAAUGUAGAGCACUGGAUAGUAAACGGAGUGAUUUUGGACACAGCCUAAAGGCCUUUACACACCGGGGGGCGUGACGAAUGCAUGACACGAAAAUGCAAAUAUUUCAAAACUAUUCAUACCGGCAGCGAUGCAAGUUUGCGACAGUUGCAACACUUCUUCAAUAAAAGGUUAGAAUAGAUUUGCGCAGGUAGAGGACCAACUACCAGGAUCCUAUUGAGCCAGAGCAGCGUCUGUCUGAGAUAAAUUGGAUCUGGUCUGCGCUGCCUUUGUCAAGGUUGAAUGGAGUAAUAAAGUUUGCCGUCUUGGUUCGGACAACGUAGCCUCCAUGUUGUUGUACACUAUAGUGUAUGUAUUGAAUAUGUCCGUUCCACAAAACGUGAUUGGUUGAAGCCUUUAUUCGCGGUGCAAGCGGUGCAAGCGGUGCAAGCGGUGCAAGCGGUGCAAAUCAACCUUGUUCCGAAAAAAAUGACGUCGCUUUUUCGCUGCGUAAUAUUUGCGUUCUGCGUGAAAGUACUCGUGACAAAAACAACAAUUCGAAAAAAUAUAUUGAUGUGCGAUUUAAUCACACA